UCAACUCAAGUCGCACGGUAGAGAGGAAGCCCAUUUUCAGUAGUAGUCAUUUAAACUCCUGCCUCUCCUAUCUUCGCACCGCCCACCAUGGACGAAACGCCGUCGUAUCCUCCCAUCGAGCCCACUGAUUUCGAUCUCAUCGUCGUAGGAACCGGACUUCCCCAAUCCGUCAUCGCGGCCGCCGCUUCCUCUGCCGGUAAAUCAGUCCUCCAUCUUGACAGCAACUCAUUCUAUGGCAGCCACUUCUCCUCUCUCAAUCUCGACGAGUUCUCAUCGUUCCUCACUUCUCAAUCCGCCGUACACUCCUCUCAUCCCAACCCUCCAUCUUCCGUCGCCGCAGAUGCCGCCGAGUAUGUCGCCCUGGAUCUCAAGACACGUCCUAUGUAUUCUGACGUCGAAAUCACUUCCCACAGUUCGGAUCCUGUCGAGCAUUCCAGAAAGUUCAACCUAGAUGUGUCGGGACCUAGGGUAUUGUUCUGCGCCGAUGCAGCCGUCGACCUCAUGUUGAAAUCCGGCGCAAGCCAGUAUUUAGAAUUCAAGAGCAUCGAUGCGAGUUUUGUGUGCGAUGCAGAUGGCCGGUUCUCGACCGUGCCCGAUUCAAGAGCUGCGAUAUUCAAAGAUCGGAGUCUCUCGCUGACGGAGAAGAAUCAGUUAAUGAGGUUCUUCAAGCUUAUUCAGGGACACUUAGCUGCUUCAGAUGAGGCUGAGAAUGAUUCGAAUGCGAGGAUCUCGGAGGACGAUUUAGAGAGUCCCUUUGUUGAGUUUUUGAACAAAAUGCGGUUGCCGCCCAAGAUUAAAUCGAUGAUCCUAUAUGCAAUAGCCAUGGCCGAUUAUGAUCAAGACAGCAUAGAGGUCUGUAAAGAUGUACUCGACACAAAAAUUGGCAUUGAUCGUUUGGCUCUUUACCACUCAUCAGUUGGCAGGUUUCCAAAUGCACUUGGGGCUCUAAUAUAUCCUAUUUAUGGCCAAGGGGAACUUACACAAGCCUUUUGUCGCCGUGCUGCUGUUAAGGGUUGCAUAUAUGUUUUGCGAAUGCCAGUGAUUGCUCUGCUUAUGGAAAAGGAAAGCGGGCAUUGUAAAGGUGUCAGACUGGCUUCUGGUCAGGAUAUAUUCAGCCAAAAGUUAUUGGUGGAUCCAUCCUUCAUAGUACCAGUGCCGGUUGCUCCUUCUCAACCUGAUUGUAUGCCAGAAAGUUCUCAAGUUAUCAAUCUGGUAGAUGCUAAACAGAAGGUGGCUAGGGGAAUAUGCAUUAUGAAGAGUUCCUUAAAGCCAGAUGUGUCGAACUUUGUGUUUGUGUAUCCUCCUAGAUCUUUGUACCCUGAGCAGGCCAUGGCAAUCCGAGCUGUCCAGAUAGGUAGUAAUUUAGGUGUUUGUCCGUCAGGCAUGUUUGUGUUGUAUCUUUCUACACUGUGUAAUGAUGCCACUCAGGGGAAGGAGUUACUGCAGGCAGCCAUAAAGUCUCUUUUCACGCUGCCAGUUUCUGGAAAUCCUGAAAAUAGUUCUUCAGUUCACAGUGAGAACAUGGAAGAAGUGAAACCCACAUUACUUUGGAGUGCCUUGUAUACUCAGGAGCUGGUUAUGGGUUCAUUUGAAUCUAUCAGCUCCACCUCCAUGCCAGAUGGGAAUCUGAAUUACAAUGUUCUUUUAGAUGCAACGGUAAAGCUAUUUCACCAGAUGUAUCCCCAGGAAGAAUUCUUUCCAGAGACAACCUCACCUGAGAAUGUUGAGGAUGAUGACGGUCUUAGUCUAGAGUCCUAGUAACGAGUCUCCUGGCGUCCUCUGGUCUAUCUAACAGAGGGCAUCAAACCAUCAGCAAUUCCUCCAGUGCAGAGUGUUUUGGCUCUGGAUGUUGCAAAGCUUGUGAUUUAGCCUACCAUUGUACAUUAGAAAGAUAAUUCUUAUUUAUUAGUUCACAUGGUAAGGCACUAUAUUUUCUCUUGGUUGUAUUAUGAAUUUCAGAAAUGUAUUAAAAGGAUCGUAGGACUUUGGCACCUCA